UUACUUCACGCUGACAGAUUUAUACAUUACUGAAAGAAACCCCAAAACUUACCUUCUAACCCUUUGCUACAGUUUUUCUUUUUUCCAUUUUUUACUACAAAUUUACAAUAGAUAAAAAAAAAAACGAGAAUCAUUCUAUUUUCCUUUCUCUUUCUCUCGAAUUGAAUCAAAAAACAAUCACAAUUUCGCAGCAAUGUAUCUAUCAUCCGAAAAGCCUCGUCCAAUCGAUUUCUACAAAGAAGAAGCAAGAGACAUGAUGAUGGAAGUAGUAACCAGCAGCGAUCUUCCACCGCCGCCGCCACCACACCACCACCAACCACAACCGCAAAUGAUUCUAAACGCCGAGAGCAGCGGGGAAGAUCCUGAGAUGGAGAUCAAAGCACCGAAGAAACGAGCAGAGACUUGGGUACAAGAUGAGACACGAAGCCUCAUUGGUCUACGACGCGAGAUGGAUUCGCUUUUCAACACUUCGAAGUCGAAUAAACAUCUCUGGGAACAGAUUUCGGCGAAGAUGAGGGAGAAGGGUUUCGAUCGGUCUCCGACGAUGUGUACUGAUAAGUGGAGGAAUCUUUUGAAAGAAUUCAAGAAAGCAAAGCAUCAAGAUAGAGGAGGGAGUGGUUCUGCGAAGAUGUCUUGUUAUAAAGAGAUUGAUGAGAUCUUAAGAGAGAGGAAUAAAUGUACGCAGCAGUAUAAGAGUCCUACACCUACCUCCAAAGUUGAAUCUUACAUGCAGUUUUCUGAUAAAGGUAUUGAUGAUGCCAACAUUUCUUUUGGGCCUGUUGAAGCUUCCGGAAGACCAACACUCAAUCUCGAGAGAGGUUUGGAUCAUGAUGGGCAUCCUCUUGCCAUUGCGGCAGAUGCUGUUGCAGCAAGUGGAGUCCCUCCUUGGAAUUGGAGAGAAACUCCCGGAAAUGGUGGCGAAAGUCAGUCUUGUUGUGGAAGGGUUAUAUCAGUCAAAUGGGGCGAUUAUACAAGACGGAUAGGUAUUGACGGGACUCCGGAAGCCAUCAAGGAGGCAAUUAGGGCUGCUUUUAGGUUGAGAACUAAACGUGCAUUUUGGUUGGAGGACGAGGAACAGAUUAUCCGAAGUAUUGAUCGUGAGAUGCCUAUAGGAAAUUACACUCUUCACCUUGAUGAAGGAAUGGCCAUUAAAGUAUGCCUAUAUGAUGAGUCUGAUCAUAUCCCUGUGCAUACUGAAGAUAAGAUAUUUUACACCGAAGAUGAUUACCGUGAUUUUCUGGCACGCAGAGCUUGGACAUGUCUUAGAGAAUUUGACGGCUAUAGAAAUAUUGACAAUAUGGAUGAUCUUCGACCUGGUGCCAUAUACCGGGGUGUGAGUUGAGGGCAGGUGCAUGGUAUGAUCUAUCUUCAGCUAUUUGUAUGAAAUGUCUUGAGAAGUGAAGGGAACUGUUUAGACUUUAGAUCUUUGAUGAUAGUAUAUAUGUGCAGCACUAACCUGAAUCUGUAUUUGUUUAGUUUGAUAACGCUGCUUAUUUUGUCCAAAAGAAAGAUAAUGCUGUUUAUAAUCCGUUAUGAUAGGAGAACGAACGGUCCCUUUGCCCUCUGUAAAUAUGCAUUGGCAGUGUGAAAAUGUUAUCAGUGGCUUUUUUUCCUUCUCUGGCACGCUGCUCCAGCAAGAACCUUAUGAACCAUUCUAACUGUAACCUCUAUAGAACAAACAUUUUGUCAUAAAAAAUUAUAUCUAGACAAAUUUGCAUCUGAAGGGACACAAAAUAUGAUACA